CGCCCGAGCACCUCCUUUCUAACCCUCACCGCCAGCACCCGUGCCAGACCGCCCGACGUUCUCGCCUUACCCGUGACCGCCUUUCCCCUGCCUGUCUUCUCGACGUUAUCCUCGGCCGCCGUCAUCGCAAUCUCCCCAACAACACCAUCUGCCCGCCGGGCUGCCCCAUCGCCGAACGGACCCAAUCCGAAAAACUGAACGCGAUUUGACGCGUCAAAGCGCCCGUCGACUAUAUACAAGCCUAGAACAGGCCUGCAGUGCCGUGUUCACGAUGGCUGCUACGCGUCGACACGCUUCACUGCAGAUUUUUCAAGACCCCAUCCACCCCCAGGACCACCACGAAGUCGCAGCCUUCGACCCGCAGUACCUGGACGCAUUCCCACCCGUGACCGACGUGUCAAACGACUCUCACACCCUACUGGCACCCCCACAGGCCUUCGCACAGGAACGAUCGCCGCGAAAGACACGUCACGUCUCCAGCUCGCCUCCCCCCAGCGCGCUUGCCGAGAAGGAUCUCAACUCAGUAUCUCUACCACCACCCCGCGAACCCCAAUUCGAAACGGACGCGCCCAUGAAGAAGGCUCCCAGGCCUUACGGCGGCCAGGCUCACGUCAUGGCCCCCAAUCCCCAUUUCUUCGCCAGCUUUCCCGGACACAUGGACAAAGAAAACGUGUACGCGUUACCAGAGUCAUCACUACCCAAGCUUGCCGCCGCAGACCUACCAGCAAAACCCAUGAGCAAGAGGCCUCUCGGGGAUGCAGCACAGCCUCGCGACCGAAGCAAGAAGCCCAAGAUACGCGAAGCACGCGUCGUGGAGGAGGAGGGACCGCUUCCUGGACCUGACGAGAUGCCGCAAGUGGACGACGAUGGCCUCAAGCCGCCCUACAGCUACGCACAGCUCAUCGGGAUGGCCAUUCUGCGCGCACCGAAACGCCAGCUUACCUUGGCCCAAAUCUACAAGUGGAUCUCGGACACCUUUGCCUUCUACCGCAACUCGCAGGAUACCGGAUGGCAGAACAGUAUCCGCCACAACCUGUCACUCAGCAAGAGCUUCAACAAGAUGGAGCGCCCUAAAGAUGACCCCGGAAAAGGCCACUACUGGGUCAUCAACGAAGGCUUCGAGAAGCAGUACUACAAGGUCAGGACGACUCGCCGACCGACUAACCCUGAUGGGUUCGCUCCGGUCUACCCCCAGGAAAUGGCACGCCCGACGACGUCAGCGUCCGCGAGCUUUCCUCCCUUGAGUUCGAGCAAAGGCUUCGACUCGAGCAAGUUUCCGGAGGAGACGGAGCUAUCAUCCGACGCGACAAUUCCUUGCUCAGAUCCAGCUGCACACGAUGGACAUGAUCCCGCUACCAUGCUUCCACCGCGUCGGUUGCCGUCUUCGCCGCCUCCUGCCGACAUUCGGUCAUCACCACCCGCACCUGUCUCGCGAUCUCUACGCGACGACACGCCGCCACGUGCCCCACGCUUUCCUCCUAGCAGCCGUUCUGGCGGACGCAAGCGCAAGUUUGGUGACAGCGGAUAUUACUCCUCAAUUGAGUCCUCAGCGAUCAAGCUUGGGCCUGCACAGACCUCGGAGGCCGAUCUCGAUCGCCCCUCUAUCAAGCGAGGACGGGCCGAAGAGGAAAUUGCGCGCAUCCGCGGAUCAUCAUACGAUUCUCCGACAAAGCUGCGGCCUCACGUGAAGCAGCCCAGUGGUCACUCGCUUAUCUCAUCGCCUUCGCGCCCAGCGACCAAGGUCGUCGACCCACUGACGCCCGCUAUUGUCUUCAAGCGCCCGGCGCUCCCUCCGGCCUCUGCUUCGCCGAACACCAACCUGCGCAAUCACAGGAACAAGAUGCGUGAGCUGGUGGGCGGAUCUCCGGAUAAGAGCCUUGCAACUUGGGUUGACACGUCCUUUUUGGACUUCAAGACCUGGAGCCCGGCUGUGAACGUGCCCAAUGAGGAGAGCGUCAACCUAGUGGGCAAUGGCUUCGAAAGCACCUUCGACAUCUUUGGUGACUUCGACUAUCAGGAGAGCCCCCUCAAGAAGAGCGCCAAACGCCCUCGUCUUGAACGUGCUGUCACCUCCACUGGUGCAUUGGCUGAUGUCACUGGCACGAAGUCAAACAUGAACAUCACUAAUUCUCCUACGCCCAACUGGAAGCUCUCGUCUGCAUUCCUCAAUAUCCCUAAUUUCUCCCCCAUCCGCAAUGCGUCUCCGCUCAAGGCGCCUAUGCUGAAGCCUCCUACCUCCACACCUCUGCCAGACUUCAACUUCCCUACCCUUGAUCAGGAGAAUGCCCACACGGGUCUCACUCCGCUGAAGUCUUAUGGUAGACUGCCGGAUAUGCCGAACGAGGAGGAGGAUUUCUCUCACCUCUUGCACAGCGACGAGUCCGAGCCAGGCAUUGACCUGUUGCAGGGCUUCGCGAAGAUUGGCGCAAGGGCUUCCUCGUCCGCGGUCGCUCCGAAUGGUUCGCCCCAGAAGAAGACAGCAACGAGACCCGGCCUGGCUCGUAGCGUCACCACUAGGUUCUAGAUGACGAGGCGUUCUCUGUCACUUGAUCGGGCAUGUGUUUCCACGUACUCUCGUUCCAGCCAACGCCAUACCCCAUCCUCUCAUCGCGGCUUGAGCAACAAGUUGUAGGCCUUGAAUGGCCUCCUUGGGCGCAAUAGCAGCCAG